AUGGAUGAUCUCAUACAAGCAAUCAAAAUAUAUUCAUCGCCGCGUUUUGAAGAAGAUUUUGUGGAUCGAUUAAAUUUUCAAGCGACCACAUUUAUAUUUUUCAUUGCAACAUCGGCGAUUUUCUCUCAGACUUUCUUCGGAAAACCACUGCAAUGUUGGACACCGAAUCAAUUUCGUGGUGGAUGGGAUGAAUACACGAAUAAUUAUUGCUUGAUUGAGAAUACCUACUUUGUGCCCUAUGAGAACAGAUCAUUGCCACAAGAGAAUAAAGCGAGAGAUGACGCUGAACUGCAAUAUUAUCAGGUGACAGACGGCAUUUCUGAACAUUUUCAGUAA